AUGAACGACGAACUUUUGAUUGAGUUGGUGCGGAACAGACAGGUCCUUUAUGAUUUGAAGGACCCGAAGUAUUUAAAUUCCGAUUUAAAGGGAAGAAUAUGGCAGGAAAUUGGCAAGGAAAUGAAGACUGAUGGUGGUAAUUGCAAAGCAAGGUGGAGUAACAUACGAGACAACUUCCGAAAGUCUUUGAGUAAAAGAAGAACCACAAGUGGACAAGCUGUUAAAAAAGUGAAACCGUACAGAUUUGAAAGCCAGCUACAGUUUUUGCUUGAAUACAUGGAAGAACGCGAAACAAAGGGGAACAUUGGAAGGCAUCCUGACACUGAAUAUGCAGAACUUAAUAAUGAUGAUGAAGGACAAGAAUCUCUGCAAACAACUGAUAUUCCUAAUUCUCCAGAAGUAUCUAAGCAACCAGUCAGCCAGUCACUCACCCAACAUAAUCCUACUUCUAGCAACGAUACACCUUCUUCCUCUGCUGUGGAAUUUGCUAAGCCUAGUAGGAAAAAAAAUAUUCAACCUGAGACAGCAGCAUCUACACUCAUGAAGUACUUACUUGAAAAAAAGGAAGAAGAGACAAAAUCAAGCAAAAGUGGACUACCCACCGUAACUUUGGACAACCCUAUCGACUGUUUCCUCUUUGGGAUAUCACAUACUUUGAAAUCACUACCUCCAUACUUGCAGAAUAUAGCAAAGACUGAGAUUUUUUUUACAGUGCAAAAGUUGGAGUUGCAAUCGAUGCAAAAUUACUAG